AAAUUAGUAUUCUUUGAGUUAUACUAUAUUAAUGAAAUUGUGAUUACCAAGCAUAUAUAUAUUUUUUAAUGUUGACUACAAAACAAUAUAAAACAAUAAAAACAUGAAUUAUAAAUUAAAAAUCGCCUGAGAAAUAAAAAGGUGCUUUCAAUGUAUUUUACAUAGAACAGCAGAAAAAAAAGUUAUUUAAAAAGCGAGUUGUCAAACUUAAAAGAAAAAUUUAAAAAUAGUAAACGAGAUUCAAAAAAAUCUCAUUUCCUUACUAAAGUACAUAAGACUAAUGCCCAUAUCUUUGUCCAAAUGUUAAAUUGAAAUUUUAAUUUUUUAUUCAACAUAAGUUAUUGAAGUUUUAGUUUGAAAAAUAAUAAUUUUCCAUACAGAAUGCAUGAGAUACCCGGGUAUGCAGGUCGUAGAGAUGAAGGUGUAAAUUUGGUCAUUGAGACAACGGUUAAAUAAAUCAGCUGAUCGAUUCGAAUCAAAACAUAACAUUCACUCGUGCGUUUCAUCUGUCGCACUUUUUUGGCCUGCACUGUCAUCAUCGGAGCUCGCGAGCCGGUUUGUUUACAAACAACUCCGACUGUCAUUUGCUCUCAUUACGCGGACGCCAAACCACCAAAGCCCGCAAUUUCCGAUGGCGGAAUUAGAACAGUGGCAAGAGUUUGCGUCGCAAAUCGCUAAACCCGACCGCUCGAUCCGGUGCAAUCCGGAUGGCAUCGGGUUCGGCCAGUUUGCAAUCGUUUGCAGUCUUCCGGGAGCACCGGAAAACGUACAAAAGUUGAUCGAUUCACCGGUGGCGAAGCUUCACAAGCAGACAUCAACAGAGCACGACAGCAUCACAAGCACGGAGGACAUUGUGAAGAUUCUUAUCGAACAGUUACCCUGCUUUGGAACGUUGGAACAGUAUACUUGGCUGGUGAGAGCGACGGUCGCAUUGCACCUGCUCAAGGGAGUGCCGACGAAGGUGUCCUCCCUGGUGCGGAAGUUGAGCGGGGCUGUCGCGGGGCUCGAUCUUGCCUGCUUCCGUCAUUCUACAUUUAUGAUACACACGGUCGCUAAAAGCUUAAAGGAAGACAUCCCACUGGAAGGUGUUAAUCUGCUGCACGCGAUCAAAAAGCUUGCCCUUGCAAACUCCCCGCAGCUUUACUACACGGCCCUGGCACUGAUUUUUGCCGGGUUCGAUGCGAUAACACACCCCAACAAACCGAUCGCCACGUACCGGGUGUGUGGGGUGAAUGAGGCGCUUCAAUUGCUCGAUACACUCGACGCACCGUGGCUUCAGCGGCAGUGUGCCAGCCUGCAGGCCAUCUACCAGCUGCUGAAGCUGCUUAGCCUUUACCAGAACAUGGUGAUAAUGCGGCACGCCGGCAAACGACCGCAGGAGCUGCAGGAAGAGCACGCAAGCUUUGCGGCACUGCUGUGCGCAACGGACGCGCAGGUGAAAAGCAUCCGCCAGUGGCUGGAACAGUUGAGCGUGGUGCUGCAACCGUACGGUAUCAGGCAGGAUGAGGACCAUUUGAUUAUAGCAGAUUUGAUACACGUCGAUAUGCUUCCGUUGUUCGACGAUUGGGAUCAACACGAGGAGAUGAUGUGAGGCGGGCGCGCCCCUUGAAGCAUGUUCCAAUUGAUGGUUUAUUUUUCAUUGCAUUCCUUGAUUCUCACAGUGUGCUUUACAUUUAGCAUUUUCUAUAAAAAUAAAAUAUAAACAAAUGUUUCGCAACUUGUUGUAGCUAAUAGUUUGCUCACGCACGCAACUGUGUGCGGGACCGUGCGUGAUAAUAUCUUAUCGUGGUUAGUGUUCCAUAAAAGUAAAGACUCUUUUUGAUAAGACCUCCUCGUGGGUGUUAGAUUUUUUACGCACAUGAUUAGUUAAAAGGGCCUAAAAUGGUGGGCGAGCGUCCAGUUUUGCUUAAGCACUGAAUGAUAAUUUUGCAAUCCAUUUCUGGGAAAUAUGAUCCUUGUCUAAGUGGGAAGGUAAACACUGAUACGUUUUUAUUGGAAAAGUCGUCAGGAUUAAGGGCGGUUUAAUAACCAGUUAC